GGCGGAGCGGGACGCGGAGGUCGCGGGGCGCCGGGGGAAGGGAGAGAUGAUAUGAAGUGCUGUUAAUCCUCUGACACUGUGCCCUGGAUCCCCAUGGUAUGUCUGAAGGACACAUCUCUGCAUGUUCUCAAUAUGCCAGGGGAAGCCCAAGAAUAACUUUCCACGGGAGUUUGUGACCUCUUAAAGAGGAAGAAGUCAAGAGAGGGCAACUUUUAUUCUAUAUUUAGCCCUAGGUUGUCCUCAUGAAUACUCCCGUGGAGAAUGUCCAUGAUCUUCUUUGCCUGUGUGGUGAGGGUGAGGGAUGGGCUUCCCCUCUCAGCCUCCACAGAUUUCCACCUCAACCAGGACUUCCUGGAGUGCAGGAAGAGGCUGAAGGCGCUGUCCUCGAUCCUGGCGCGCUAUCCCAGCCGGGGCACGGCGAAAGGACGGAACCUGAGCAUUCAUUUCCUUUCUGCUGGGGAUAUUGCCUGCAUGGCAAUCUGUUCCAGCAGCUACUCAACCAUCAUGGCCUUCUGCUUCCUGGAAGAGCUUCGCUGGGAAUUCGCUGCUUCCUACAACACAAGGAGCAUCAAUUCAGCUUCCAGACCAUAUGCUUUUAUUGAAUUUGAUAACAUCAUUCAGAAGGUGAAACAGCAUUUCAACAGCAGCUGUGGCUCCCGGGCCAGGGCCAGCUGGGAGAGGGUGGAGGAGGAGCUGCAGCUGCAGCCCCCAGUGCAGCUGCAGCUGGAGAACACAGAGCUGCUCAACGGGCUGAGCAAUGGAGGGCAUGCAGGAGGCCAUGUGGAGGUUGCCCCUACUUACAGAAUGCAGCCUGUGACACCCCUGGGGAUUCUGUCCCUUGUUCUGAACAUCAUGUGUGGAGCUCUGAACCUCAUCAGAGGAGUUCACCUGGCAGAAUAUUCCUUCCAGGAGGACCAUGAAGGAAUUGGAAAUGUGAUAGCUUUUCUUCUACCUUUUCUAGCCUGUGUUUUUCAGUGUUACCUGUACCUCUUCUACAGCUCAGCCAGGAAGGUGAAGACAUUUCUGCUCCUUUUCUGUGUCUGUUCCUGCAACAUCUACUUGUAUGGAUUAAGGAACCUCUGGCAAAUCUCCUUCCACAUAGGAGUGGCUUUUCUUUCCUCUUACCAGAUCCUGACAAGGCAGCUCCUGGAGAAGCAGCCUGACUGUGGUGUAUGAAAAAAAAAACCAAAACAACUUGGGGUUUGCUACUCUGUUUUUACAACUCUUUUUUGUAUUCACUUGGCCAAAAAUAGCUCAGAGUGUUUUUUAACCAACCAUGGCAAUGGUUAUUGCAAGGAGAGCAGUUCCAAGCAACUUGGGAUAAGCAGGUCAGUCUUGCCCUGCUGCUGCAAAUACUCAAACUGUGCAGUAAAACAAAGGUGGAGUGGUGGGUGACAUUUUUGUCCCUAGAAUUGUGUAGAUGAUGGGGUUUGCUGUAAUUAGGUGAGUGCAGUAUCAGUGGGAAAAAUGCUGAGGGUGAGCUUCAGGGUCAUUUUUCUAGAUUUGGAAGGACAGGAAAAGGCUGUCUAUAAACCAUAAAGUCUAUAAAUAUCUCCUUGGCUGAGCAGCACAUUGCAGUUAAGUGUGUGCUCAUGGGUUAAUUGCAAAUAUGCUUGGGGCAGCAGAAAAUAAUCCAGGUGGGUGUGAGUGAUCUGUCAGCACUUGUGGCCUUUGUUUCCUUGGCUGAGGUCACUUUUAGGAUAAGGGCAAUUCCAUGUUUCCUUAGUCUGUAUUGAUAAUAAAUCUUCCAAGCCUAUUUAUGACAGGCCACUAACUCCUUCACCUGUUUUGUUUUGUUUUGUUUUUAAAUUAGCUGGUGAUUAGAAAGCCACUUCCAAGGAAUGGAAAGCAAGAGCAGGUUCUCUUUGUUCUGUAAAACACCUGUGAUUAAUGGUGGUGAGUUCUUACACUCAGAUGAGUUUCUGAGUGUGCACUUUGGAGCAGGGGACUGCAAGGCUGGAAUUCCCAACCUGUGCUGCACUGGCAGUUCUGCUCUGUCAUGGUUUGAGGUGCACAGGGCCAUUUUAGGGCAUAGAUGAAUAAUUUAGGCUGGCUGUUAAAAAAACACAUAGCAGUUUGAUGCAGCUGUCCUGGAGGGGUUGUAGAGAUUCAAACUGAGAUGUAGAGAGCUGUAGGUGUGUUACUGUGGAAUUACAGUCCUAAAAUUUCCUUUUAUUUUUUUUUCUUUCUGGUCAUCUCCAAGUCUUUCACCAAAGAUUUAUUUUUCCUCUCACAUAGUCUCUACCUCCGGUUGCAAAGAGAUUAACAUGCAGCAGAGUUGUCUUUUUUCUGCAGGAACUCUUGACAAAAUUCCUUUCUUUUAUCUCAGUGAGUUUUCCUGCAAUCUCAGGAUGCAAACAUGAGGAUCAGAGCAGAAAUUGGUGCUGCUGUACCUUGGAAGCACUUCUGGAUGCAGCUGACUGCAGCAACAGCAUCCAUGGGCAGCCCAUGACAACCUGGACAGUUUCUAGGACAUCAGGAGAUUUAGUGCCAGAGCUUUUCCCAGGAGGAAAAUGUAGGGAUUUCUUUUUCACUGCACUUACUGUAACAGCAACGUGAUAAAAACCUCCAGACUGUGAGGAAUAGUCUGGUAGGAAUGGUGGAGGAAUAUUUUAGCCAGGCAUUUAAGGACACAGCUCGAGCUGUGUGCCAUAAGGGGAAGGUUUUCUGUUGUAAGGGAGUGGAUUGAAGUUGUUUGUCUGUCAUUACCCCAGUUUUCUGUCAGAGCAAGUGGAGAAAUGAAGCCACAAUUCAACCACUGUCCUUGAUGACCCCACAGAUGUGAGGGGUUUUGUACUGUUAAUUUUCCUGCUAUUCAGUCCCAGUUUUGCUUGCUAUGAUACUUUUGGAGACUGCAGGGAACUCAGCCACGAGUUAAAAAAAAAUCUCCAAAAAUCUGACACUUUCAGGAUAAUGGAUCUGAUGACUGGUGGUGUUUUCCAGGAACAUAAAUUGGAUAUCAACCCACUGGAUUCCUGUGGGGAAAGAGUGAAACAUUUUAUACUGCAGACAGACAAAACUUCAUGGAAAGGACUUGAGGACAGGAGCCAAUCCCUGCUCCUGCCUUUUUAUCCUCACUCUGGCUAAGGAGUCCAAAAGAGCUUUUCCUGUUUCUCCUCCUCUGGCCUGAGGCACACAGAGAUUUACAGCUGGGAUUCCUCAGCCUUGUAGGGAGCUGAUGGCAAAAAUUGUGACAUUCCUGAUGCUUCCAAGUGCUGUGUCCUGACCCAGCUCCAUCCCUGAGCCAGGGGGUUUGGGCAAUUGUGCAGUUAACAGAGUGGAGAGGGGUGAAAUUCAGCUUUUAUUGAAUUGGUUUUCCUAAAAACAUUUCAGUAAAAUCAAACCAAAUCAGUUGGUUCAGUUCUGCCUUUGCCUAAACUUCUCUUCUUUUGCUUUGUGGAUUUUUGGGGAAUGUGAGUGAAUUUUUAGAUCUUUUCUACCCAAUGACAAAGCUCUGUUUUGGUGUUGGUCUUAAUCCCUUUGCAACCUUUUAUUUUCCUGUAAUAUGUGUAAACCACAUUAAGAAAUCUACAUGGAUUAGUCUGUGUGCACUUUGUAGGUUUGGCUUGGGAUUCCAGGAGGCAGAGCACACAGAGUUUAACCUAUUUUUAUUUUUAAUUUGGUAAUUAUCCCACAUCCACACAGUAUUUAUACAGUUAAACAUUUUCUCCUGGCAAAACAACAAGAGGAAUAGAAUAGUUUACAUUGAUCUCAGUGUUUUAAGAUUUAAUAAAAAAGAAUGACUUGCAGUUCAGCACACAAAAUCUGACUCAUAAUGUGGGAUUUUUCCUGUGUUGAAUCAAAUCCCCAAAGAGGAAAUCAUCCCUUUUUGUUCAACUUUAAACUGGUUAAUGUGGUUUGAAUUGCAUCUCCUUCAUUCUGUCACUUUGCAAGAUAAGUCCUUUGGAAACUUUUCCUCACCCAGCAGCUCAGCACAGGCAAACUGGCAAAGAAUAAACUUCAAUCAUUUCCAGAUUUGCUUAUUCACUUUAAGAAGCUGGUAAUUCUCUGGGCUUUGUUUUGUUUUUGUUUUUGUUUUUCCAAAGACCUGUUGAGUUUGUAGAAGGUGGGCUGGUACCUUUUUAGACAUUUUUGCACUGUAUUAAUAAUUGAACCUGUGUAAAUGUGUAUAAAAUCAUUUUGCAUGUAUAUGUAUAUAUGUACAUAUAUCUAAUAAAUGGCUUUUUUUUGUAA